UCAGCAACAUCUGACACUGCAAAGCCUGAAACAGCUCUUUCUGCUGCCUGACUCUGCCUGGAAUUGACAGACAAGACAUCUUAAGAUGUCUUUCUCUGCUUGCUGAAACCAGGGAUUUGUUGUGAUGGAUUUCUCAUGGACCUGUGCAAUGUGUGUUCAGCAGAGCCUGCUCUAGCCUAAGAACCAACCAAGUCAAGAGAAUCAAGAUGACAAACGAACCUAUUAAAGAGAUCCUGGGCACUCCAAAGCAUCCUGAGCCUGUAACCACGGAGAAAAGUAAUAACAAUGACUGCGUGAUAACCACCAUCCCCCUUGUUAGCGAAUGCCAGCUGACUGCAGCCACAGGGGGAGCAGAACUCUCCUGCUACCGCUGCACCAUUCCCUUUGGCGUGGUUAUCCUCAUAGCCGGCAUCGUGGUUACUGCUGUGGCAUACAGCUUCAAUUCCCAUGGAUCAAUCAUCUCAGUGUUUGGACUAGUCCUCUUGUCAUCAGGACUCCUUUUGUUGGCUUCUAGUGCAGUGUGCUGGAAAAUCAGGCAGCAAAACAAGAAAGCAAAGAGGCGGGAGAGCCAGACAGCACUUGUGGCACAUCAGCGAACCUUGUUUGGUUAAAGACAACCAAGAGAAGGCUGGACAGAAGAUAGAGCCUUGUAAGUCAACUUGACUAUUUAUCAGUAGGACAGAUUGCAAGUUUUAAUUUAACAUUGGAAAUGAACUGAAAUGGAAACAGAAUGGAUUAAGAAAGGCUCUUAACAACUCUGCAAAUGCUCUUAAUGUUUUUCUUACUGCAGACUUAAUAGUGAUUCUUUCCAUGACAGAGGAAAAAAACCUUUUCCUGCAUAAAAACUGUUGUAACUGCCAUCAUCAUAACUGCAUUCUCCAACAUGCUGAUUGUGUUGGAAAGGGAACUUGUGAGAACUAAGAAAAUAAUCUGAACUGACUUGAAAUGCCAGAGAUCUCCUUAAAACACACUGUGACAUUUG